GGAGAGACACACAGAGACUCACGGAGAGAGACACAGAGACUCACGGAGAGAGACGCGGUCUUGUUGUCAAUCAGGAAGUGAAAUGUGCCGUGCAAGUCCCAAUGAGAAACCCAACACGGGCAGACGGCAGUGGUUGUCGCUGCCUCGCCUCUCGCUGCGUCGUCGCCUGUGGCGCCUCUCCACCUCCGUGGGGGGAGGGGCGGGGGGAGGGGCGGGGGGAGGGGCGGGGGGAGGGGCGGGGGGAGGGGCGGGGGGAGGGGCUGGGGGAGGAAGCCCCCCCCGCCCCUCCCCCCUGCGGCCGAGUCUGCCCCUCCGUGCGCUGCGCCGGGGACUGGCUCUACACAGCUGCCUGCACAGGCUGUGCGUGUCCGUGUUGGCCGUGGCUGCCCCCACGCGGCUGCUGUCCCGUGCGUGGGGCCGCCUGCACGGCCUCGUGCUGCCCGCCUGCCUGCGCGCGCACCUGCUGGGCCUCUUCGUGUGGGCAUUCCACGUUGACAUGGCCGAGGCCCAGGAGGGCGACCUGCGGCAAUACCCAAACCUGGGGGAGCUCUUCCGCAGGCCGCUACGAGCCGGGGCUCGGCCAAUCAGCAGGCGGCAUUCGCUGGUGUCACCUGCGGAUGGCCGCGUGCUGCACCUGGGCCGCGUGGGGCCCGACGGCCUCCUGGAGCAGGUCAAGGGGGUCACCUACAGCCUGGAAGCCUUCCUGGGCCCACACCCGGGUUGCAGUGGUGAGCGCGUGCCCGUGCGUGCGGGUCACGUGCUGUUCCACGUGGUGGUCUACCUGGCGCCGGGCGACUACCACCGCUUCCACUCGCCCGCCAGGUGGACAAUGCAGCACCGCAGACACUUCCCUGGCCGUCUUGUACCCGUGAGCCCGCGCGUGUCUCGCUACCUGCCGGGUCUCUACUGCCUCAACGAGCGCGUGGUCCUCUCGGGGAGAUGGAGUCACGGAUUCAUCGCCCUCGCCGCCGUGGGAGCCACCAACGUGGGCUCCAUACGGGUCUACAGAGACCAGGAGCUGGAGACUAACUCCGCCCACCACCCCAGGGUGCCGUUCGUGGACCGCUGCUUCGUGACCCCCCCCACCGCUCAUCCCACCGCUCGCGGCGACCCCCACGGGGACGAGCUGACCGAUGGACUGACCAGUGGACUGACCAAUGGACUGACCAAUGGACUAACCAGUGGACUAACCAAUGGACUGACAAAUGGACUAACCAAUGGACUGACCAAUGGACUAACCAGUGGACUAACCAACGGACUGACCAAUGGACUGACCAAUGGACUGACCAGUGGACUGACCAGUGGACUAACCAAUGGACUGACCAAUGGACUAACCAAUGGACUGACCAAUGGACUAACCAGUGGACUAACCAACGGACUGACCAAUGGACUGACCAAUGGACUGACCAGUGGACUGACCAGUGGACUAACCAAUGGACUGACAAAUGGACUAACCAAUGGACUGACCAAUGGACUAACCAGUGGACUAACCAACGGACUGACCAAUGGACUGACCAAUGGACUGACCAAUGGACUGACCAGUGGACUGACCAGUGGACUAACCAAUGGACUGACCAAUGGACUAACCAAUGGACUGACCAAUGGACUAACCAGUGGACUAACCAACGGACUGACCAAUGGACUGACCAAUGGACUAACCAGUGGACUGACCAAUGGACUGACCAAUGGACUAACCAAUGGACUGACCAAUGGACUGACCAAUGGACUGACCAAUGGACUGACCAACGGACUGACCAGUGGACUAACCAAUGGACUAACCAACGGACUGACCAAUGAACUGACCAGUAGACUAACCAACGGACUGACUAACGGACUGACCAAUGGACUGACCAGUAGACUUCCCAAUGGACUUCCCAAUGGACUGACCAAUGGACUUCCCAAUGGACUGAUCAAUGAACUGACCAGUGGACUGACCAAUGGACUGACCAGUGGACUGACCAGUGGACUAACCAGUGAACUGACCAAUGAACUGACCAGUGAACUGACCAAUGAACUGACCAGUGGACUGACCAAUGAACUGACCAGUGGACUGACCAAUGAACUGACCAGUGGACUGACCAAUGGACUGACCAAUGAACUGACCAAUGAACUGACCAAUGGACUGACCAAUGAACUGACCAGUGGACUGACCAAUGAACUGACCAGUGGACUGACCAAUGAACUGACCAGUGAACUGACCAAUGGACUGACCAAUGAACUGACCAGUGGACUGACCAAUGAACUGACCAGUGGACUGACCAAUGAACUGACCAGUGGACUGACCAAUGAACUGACCAAUGAACUGACCAAUGGACUGACCAAUGAACUGACCAGUGGACUGACCAAUGAACUGACCAGUGGACUGACCAAUGAACUGACCAGUGAACUGACCAAUGAACUGACCAAUGAACUGACCAGUGAACUGACCAAUGGACUGACCAGUGAACUGACCAGUGGACUGACCAGUGAACUAACCAAUGGACUAACCAACGGACUGACCAGUGAACUGACCAAUGGACUGACCAGUGGACUGACCAAUGGACUGACCAGUGAACUGACCAAUGGACUGACCAGUGGACUGACCAAUGGACUGACCAGUGAACUGACCAAUGAACUGACCAAUGGGCUGACCAAUGAACUGACCAAUGGACUGACCAGUGGACUGACCAAUGGACUGACCAGUGAACUGCCCAAUGGACUGACCACUGGACCGACCGCUGCCAUACUGACCCCCGGCAGAAUAUCGACGAGGUUAGUGGACGACGACGACGACGACGAGGUGGACAACGAGGUGGACAACGAGGUGGAGUCGUGGCCGGGUGGAGGCUGGGGACGCUGCGGGGGCCUGAGGGUGGACAAGGGUCACCCGCUGGGGGAGUUCAACUUGGGGUCAACCGUCGUGCUGCUGUUUGAGGCCCCCGCAAGGUUCAGAUUCAGCGUUCGGCCCGGACAGAAGAUCCGCUACGGGGAGGCGCUGGGGAACGUGUAGAACAUCUACACACGCGUGUAGAACAUCCACACGCGUGUAGAACAUCCACA